AUGGACUACAGGCCUAUCGCACUGUUACAGACUGGAUACACGGUAUUCUCAAAGUUCUUCGCCAAGCGCAUUCAACGAUUCUUGGGGACUUUGAUUGGGGACUCGCAACAGGGAUGUGUCCACGGGCGGCAGAUGCACAAGACUGUCAUGAUGAUGAUGGGGGUGCUUCAUUCAGCCUCGGCCCAGCCCGCAGUGCCUGUCGAGAACAGUGCGGCGAUCCUGAUACUCAAAUUUCGUAAAUCCUACGAUACGGUGGACCGUGAUUUCCUCUUCUUGGCAUUAUCGCGGUUGAAUUUUCGCCGGUCUUUGUUGCGAUGA